AUGCCGGGCCCGACCCGCCUUAUACCGGCGUCUUCGAGAACUCUUCUCCUCACCUUUGACGCGUUCGGCACCCUCUUCCACCCGCGUCUCCCCGUCCCCGAGCAAUAUGCCGCGGUCGCGCACCAAUUCGGAUUAUCGCGAACUACCAUCACCCCGGACAAACUCGAAAGCGCAUUCCGAGACACUUUUCGUGCGCAGAUGCGUCAAUACCCGAACUACGGUCGCGCGGAUGUUCUCCGAGGCCAAUACGGGGGACCGAGGCAGUGGUGGGAGGAGGUGAUUAGGGGGAGCUUCGGGCGUGUUUUGUCUGCAGAGAGUGGAGAGACGCGUUCUGAACACCCCAAAGAUAAUGUCCCCGACAGUAUGGUGGAAGUCUUACUAGAUCGAUUCGCUAGUUCCGAGGGGUACGCGCUCUAUGACGAUGUACUACCUUUCUUCCGCCGAAUGCGCAAACUGAAGUCCGCACAUAAGUGGUCCUUUGAUAGGAUCAUUGUAGGAGUGGUGUCUAACUCGGAUGACCGCGUCCCCGCUGUGCUAAAGUCAUUGGGAUUGACAGUUGGUGAUAUGCGCGCCGACCAAGAUCAAUCGAGUAUGGAUCUUCCCGGGUUUGAGGUACGAAGUAUCAAAAAAGAUGAUGCCGGGAAACAAGGCAAAGAUCAAAAAGACCGCAAUUUGGAUCUCGAUAUUGACAUGGUCAUUACGAGUUAUGAGGCUGGCCAAGAGAAACCUCAUCGCUUGAUCUUCGACGUGGCGAGACGGCAGGCUCUUAAGGUUUCCCGUCCGUGGUUGACUAGCAAAACCAGAUUCAGAUCUGUGCAUGUGGGUGAUGAUUUUAAAAAGGAUUACCAGGCUGCAAGGGAUGCAGGCUGGGAGAGCUACUUGCUUGCUCGAGAUCAUUCUGCUGUUCAUGACGAUGGAGUGAAGGAAUUCCCAGACCUUCUUAAGCUGGCAGACAAAUUGGACAUUUUCCCAUAA